AUGGCCGUGUCCUCCGUCACCUUCGACACCGAUCUCUACGGCGGCGGGGGCGCCGACCCGGACCGCUUCGCCGGCUACGACACCUCCAUCCCUGCCUCCGAGGACGCCGCCGCGGAGGACGAGGCCGCCGCCGACCUCCCGCGCUCGGCCGACGGCGACGACGAUGGGCUAGGGCUGCCCAAGCGGUCCCAGCGCAUCAUCGACCGCGAGGACGACUACCGCCGCCGCCGCCUCAACCAGAUCAUCUCGCUAGAGCGCCAUGACCCGUUCGCCGCCGGGGAGGUCACCCCGGACCCCGCGGUGCGGAACUACGCCGACGUCAUGCGCGAUGCCGCUCUGCAGAAGAAGAAGGAGGACCUGCUCAGGGAGAUUGCUAAGAAGGAGGAGGAGGAGAGGAAGGCUGCCGCCGUUCCUGAGCAGCCAGCCGCCAUGACGACGAAGCGACGCAACAGGUGGGAUCAGUCGCAGGAAGGCGAUGCUGCUGCCGGUGCCAAGAAGGCAAAGACAUCGUCGGACUGGGAUGCCCCUGACGCGACUCCUGGGAUUGGGCGUUGGGAUGCCACCCCGGGACGUGUUGGAGACGUGACGCCUUCUGUCAGAAGGAACAGAUGGGAUGAGACACCAACUCCAGGGAGGAUGGCUGAUGCUGGUGCGACACCUGCAGCUGGCGGUGCGACUCCUGGGGCAACUCCUUCUGGGGCUUGGGAUGCGACCCCAAAGCUGCCUGGUGGUGUCACGCCAACCCCUGGUAAGAAGCAGAGAUCAAGGUGGGAUGAGACGCCAGCCGAGGACCUUGCCACACCAACUCCUAGCCAGAUCGCUCGUGGACCUAUGACUCUGGACCUGUACAACCAAUCCCGGUGGCAGCAGGACAUUCAGGAGAGGAACAGGCCUCUCACCGAUGAGGAGCUUGAUGCCAUGUUCCCAGGGAGGCCCAUAAGGACCCCAGCAAGGAAGCUGCUUGCCACACCAACACCUCUGGGGACACCACUUUAUGCUAUUCCAGAGGAGAAUCGUGGGCAGCAUUUUGAUCUGCCCAAGGAGACGACUGGUGGGUUACUGCUCAUGAAGCCGGAGGAUUACCAAUACUUUGGAGCAUUGCUGAAUGAGGAAGUGGAGGAACAGCUAUCUCCAGAGGAGCCGAAGGAGAGAAAAAUCAUGAAACUGUUGCUCAAAGUGAAGAAUGGCACACCCCCACAGCGUAAAACAGCACUUCGGCAGCUGGCAGACAAAGCCCGGGAAUUCGGUGCUGGACCACUUUUCAACAAAAUCCUGCCCUUACUCAUGCAGCCAACACUGGAGGACCAGGAGAGGCACCUCCUGGUGAAGGUUAUUGAUAGGGUACUGUAUAAGCUGGAUGAGUUGGUCCGUCCCUUUGUGCACAAGAUUCUUGUGGUUAUUGAACCGUUGUUGAUUGAUGAGGACUACUAUGCUCGUGUUGAGGGCAGGGAGAUUAUCUCAAAUCUUAGCAAAGCAGCUGGUCUUGCUACUAUGAUUGCUGCCAUGAGACCGGAUAUUGAUAACAUUGAUGAGUAUGUGAGGAACACCACUGCUAGGGCGUUCAGCGUGGUGGCUUCUGCUUUGGGCAUCCCUGCUCUUUUACCAUUCUUGAAGGCUGUCUGUCAAAGUAAGAAGUCUUGGCAGGCUCGGCACACUGGUAUCAAAAUCGUUCAGCAGAUUGCUAUUCUCAUGGGCUGUGCUGUUCUACCACAUCUCAAGUCACUAGUUGAGAUCAUUGAGCAUGGUCUGAGCGAUGAGAACCAGAAAGUCAGGACAAUUACUGCCCUUUCUCUUGCUGCACUUGCUGAGGCUGCUGCACCAUAUGGUAUAGAAAGUUUUGAUACUGUAUUGAAGCCUUUGUGGAAGGGUGUCAAAUCUCACCGCGGGAAGGUCCUAGCUGCCUUCCUGAAGGCCAUUGGUUUCAUCAUCCCUCUUAUGGAUUCUGUGUAUGCUAGUUUCUACACAAAGGAGAUGAAGAAGAUUGUCCUCAAGGUUGUGAAACAGUGUGUCAGUACAGAGGGGGUGGAGGCUGAUUAUAUCCGGAAUGACAUCCUUUCAAAAUUCUUCAAGCACUUCUGGGUCAGGAGAAUGGCUCUAGAUCGCAGGAACUAUAAACAGCUUGUGGAAACUACAGUGGAGAUGGCAAACAAGGUUGGAGUUGCUGAUAUUGUUGGGAAGAUUGUUGAGGAUCUGAAAGAUGAAAGCGAGCCCUACAGAAAAAUGGUGAUGGAAACAAUUGAGAAGGUGGUGGCCAACUUGGGUUCUUCAGAUAUUGAUGCUCGUCUGGAGGAGCCGCUUAUUGACGGUAUCUUAUAUACUUUCCAAGAGCAGACUAGUGAUGAUGCAAAUGUCAUGCUUAAUGGUUUUGGAGCUGUGGUUAAUGCAAUUGGACAGAGAGUUAAGCCUUACCUUCCUCAGAUUUGUGGUACCAUCAAGUGGCGAUUGAACAACAAGAGUGCAAAAGUUAGGCAGCAAGCUGCUGAUCUGAUCUCCAGGAUAGCAGUUGUUAUGAAGCAGUGCCAGGAGGAGCAGCUUAUGGGUCACUUGGGUGUUGUGCUGUAUGAGUACUUAGGGGAGGAGUAUCGUGAGGUGUUGGGUUCAAUUCUUGGAGCCUUGAAGGCUAUCGUCAAUGUCAUUGGUAUGACUAAAAUGACUCCUCCAAUCAAAGACCUUCUUCCUCGUCUGACCCCCAUCUUGAAGAACAGGCAUGAGAAGGUCCAAGAGAACUGCAUUGAUCUUGUUGGUAGGAUUGCUGAUCGUGGAGCAGAAUUUGUGCCAGCAAGGGAAUGGAUGAGGAUUUGUUUUGAGCUGCUUGAAAUGUUGAAGGCUCAUAAGAAGGGUAUUAGGAGAGCCACUGUGAACACAUUUGGUUAUAUUGCAAAGGCUAUAGGGCCACAGGACGUGUUGGCCACCCUGUUGAAUAACUUGAAGGUGCAGGAGCGACAGAACCGUGUCUGCACAACUGUAGCAAUUGCCAUUGUUGCUGAAACUUGCUCACCUUUCACAGUUUUGCCUGCCCUUAUGAUUGAGUACCGGGUCCCAGAGCUCAAUGUCCAAAAUGGUGUUCUGAAGUCACUCUCUUUCCUCUUUGAGUAUAUUGGUGAGAUGGGCAAAGAUUACAUAUAUGCUGUCACCCCCUUACUUGAAGAUGCUUUAAUGGAUAGAGAUCUGGUUCACCGCCAGACUGCUGCCUCUGCUGUUAAGCACAUGGCUCUAGGUGUUGCUGGCUUGGGUUGUGAGGAUGCUUUUGUUCAUCUGCUUAACUAUGUUUGGCCUAACAUAUUUGAGACAUCUCCCCAUGUUAUAAAUGCUGUCAUGGAGGCAAUUGAGGGGAUGAGGGUUGCGCUAGGUCCAGCUGUGAUUUUAAAUUAUUGCCUGCAAGGUCUCUUCCAUCCAGCAAGGAAAGUACGUGAAGUGUAUUGGAAGAUAUACAACUCUUUGUACAUUGGUGCACAGGAUUCGCUUGUUGCUUCUUACCCUGCCCUGGAAGACAAUGGGGAUAACAUCUAUAGCUGUCCAGAGCUGGCAGUGUUUGUCUGA